AAUGAUCUCUAGGGAUGCCGCGCAGGCUACUAUCUUCAAGUCAGUUGAGCAACUGGGGACUCACAGGGUUGAACAAAUAGAGCAAGAGAAUACUCACGAGUAUCUGCUUCUUUUAUGAUUGGUCGUACUUUCAAUGAGCGUGCCCCAGCCGACUGAUGUACACUCUCACUGAGAACUUCCCUACAUAGGAGAAUCAUGCCAUGGUAUCCUCUCUAUCCUUAGCUCCUGAUCUCGCGCCUUAAUGCGGGGUUGAAGUAUAAAAUGGAGUAUCACCCCGGAACUUUUGGAAUCCUUGGUUCCCCAAUUCAUUCUCGCCACUGCUACAAAGCACUUUCAAAUAUUCCCAACGAUGUCUUCGGCUGCGAGUGAUCCAGAGAAAGGUCGCGUCGAAAACAUUACUAGCAACGGCGGUACCGGUAGAACUCGUGUGUCUAAUGACGUAGAGGAAUAUGGACCAAACUCUGGCGACCCAGUCAGCUAUCAAAGGUAUCCUUCUCACAUAGCGAAUCCUGGCCCGAUGGGACUGUUUUCAUUCGCAUCAACAACGUUUAUCCUCUCUUUGUUCAAUGUCGGAACUCGAGGUAUAUCUCAUCCGAACGUAGUCGUUGGGAUGGCCAUCUUCGCAGGCGGCUUGACCCAGUUUAUUGCAGGAAUGUGGGAGUUCCCCAGGGGAAACGUUUUUGGCGCUACUGCCUUUGCGUCUUAUGGUUCGUUCUGGAUGUCAUACGCUACGAUAUUCAUCCCAGGUUCCGGUAUCAUGGCCGCAUUUUCUGACCCUCAGGAGCUGAACAAUGCCAUUGGAAUCUACCUCAUCGCAUGGUUCAUGAUAACAGUAUUUUUCCUGUUAGCUGUGCUUCGGCGAAAUGUCGCCUUCACGGUUCUACUGAGUUGUCUGUCGGUCGCCCUGCUCUUAUUGGCUAUCGCGGAAUGGAAUGGAAUGGAACAGGUACAAAAGGCAGGAGGUGUAUUCGGCAUCGUGACUGGUCUUGUUGCGUUCUAUAUCGGCGUGAGCGAGCUUCUCGUUGCGGAGCCUAGGGCUGUUGCGCGUUUACCACAGGGGCUUCUACACACUUGAGAAGCCUGUUUUUAUUAUUUCCAUCCACGAAUAUGUAUGACGAUUUACACACUUUGUAUGAGCUCUUUGAGUCAAAACGUACAGUGCACAACGCACGCGGACGCUCUAGUCGACAGUAUUUUUGACAGAUCGUGAC